AUGUAGGUGUGGUCUCGGCAGCCGCAGCGGGCGCGGUGCACGUCUCGACCGGCCGCGCACUCGUGGAGGCGCUCAUGAACGACGCAGCACGCGUGAUUGUGCUGGAUCAGGAUGUGCGGUUCGAGACCUCAGACUGGCCGCAGCAGCCGUACACGCUCGCGCACAACGUCAUCGACUUCAACGCCCGAGAGGUCACCAACAGGCUGCUGAUUGCUCCAGGCGUCAACAUGUCUCUGAUCCAUGUGACCCUGAAGGACACGCGAUAUGGGGCCGGCGCAGACCUGGACAUCCUGGCGCCAGGUUCUGGCGGCCUCAUCUACUUCCAUGAUCUUGCAAAGCUUCAGACCAGCUGCCCGCCCCUGAUUGAGGCCAACGUGCUUGCGUACCAGCGGGACCCCCUGGUGCCUGGCGUCAACAAUGUCACUUUUCCCAAGGUGGUGGUGUGGGACGGCGUGACAUACUACGACAACAUCCUGUACUCAAAUUUCUCGACAAGGGUGGCGGGCGGGGAGAACCAGCCAGGUUCUGGUUACACUGUGCAAAAGUGGGGCUCCUACAAGGGCGCGCACACCAGCUAG